UAACAAUGUGUGACGACGACCUUUCUGCACUUGUGAUUGACAUUGGUUCUGGAACAUGCAAGGCCGGUUUCGCUGGAGAUGAUGCUCCUCGUUCUGUGUUUCCUUCCAUAGUCGGGCGACCUCGCUACUUGCCUGUAAUGGUAGGAAUGGGCCAUAAAGACAGUUACGUUGGAGAUGAAGCUCAACAUAAGCGUGGCGUCUUGACUUUAAAGUAUCCCGUUGAACAUGGAAUUGUAACUAAUUGGGAUGAUAUGGAAAAAGUAUGGCACCAGACCUUCUUUAAUGAACUUCGAGUUUCGCCGGAAGACCAUCCUGUGCUUCUGACUGAAGCUCCUUUAAAUCCGAGGUAUAACAGAGAAAAAAUGACACAGAUGAUGUUUGAAAAUUUUAACACUCCAGCUAUGUAUAUUGCAAUUCAAGCUGUGCUAUCCCUCUAUUCAUCUGGCCGCACUACUGGUAACGUUUUCGACUGUGGGGACGGCGUAUCGCAUACAGUUCCUGUUUACGAAGGUUACGCUGUGACACAUGCCGUAAUUCGUUUGGAUUUAGGAGGACGGGAUCUCACAGAUUACUUAGUAAGGAUCUUGACAGAACGAGGUUAUGAUUUUGCAUCCACUGCUGAGAGAGAGAUCGUUCGUGAUAUAAAGGAGAAGUUGUGUUACGUUGCGUACGAUUACGAAGAGGAAAUGAAUUUAUCUGCAACUUGCAACUCGCUGGAAAAGUCUUACGAACUGCCCGAUGGUCAGGUUAUAAAUCUAUGUAGUGAGAGGUUUCGUUGUCCAGAGUGCCUAUUUCAGCCGUCCAAUUUGGGUAUGGAAGCCUGCGGUAUCCACGAGACCACGUACAACACCAUAAUGAAAUGUGACGUUGAUAUUCGUAAAAACCUAUAUGCCAAUAUUGUACUGUCUGGUGGUUCUUCCAUGUUCUCGGGUAUUAAUGAUAGGAUGCAGAAAGAAUCACCACCUAAACCCCAGUCCUUAUCGGUAGUGUCAUGA